AUUGAACUCAUGCACCUGAAGUGCAAGUGCCACGGCCUCUCAGGCAGCUGUGAAGUGAAGACCUGCUGGUGGUCUCAGCCAGACUUCAGGGUCAUCGGGGACUACCUCAAGGACAAGUACGACAGCGCUUCCGAAAUGGUGGUGGAGAAACAUCGAGAAUCCCGUGGCUGGGUCGAAACCCUGAGGCCCAAAUACAACUUCUUCAAGGCUCCAACUGAAAAGGACCUGGUUUACUACGAGAACUCACCAAAUUUUUGCGAGCCAAACCCCGAGACGGGUUCCUUUGGGACCCGGGACAGGAUCUGUAACGUCACCUCCCACGGGAUCGAUGGUUGCGACCUCUUGUGCUGCGGCCGCGGACACAACACGAGGACUGAGAAAAGGAAAGAGAAGUGCCACUGUAUCUUCCACUGGUGCUGCUACGUCCGCUGCCAGGAGUGCAUACGAGUCUACGACGUCCACACGUGCAAAUAAAUCAGGCAAAACCCUUCGCCGGGCUCCAAGUGGAGAAAUGGAUUUGAGCCUACUCCCUCCGAGGUUGCAGUCAUGAGAGAAGUCUACGUUUUUGAUAUUAAAAGAAUAAUUAAAAAAAAAAAACUUUUAAAAAGGCUAAAACUGGUUGGAUAGAAUAGGUCUAAUGACUUCUGGGCUAUCCCGAGGUGCAUCUGACAGUCACACAAGUUACGCCCCAACGAUGCCUCCUGUAGGAGACCACAGGACUGAGAACACAGAGCUGGAAAGAAGAGUUAGCAAAAGCAUGGAUUUGCUCUGCUCUCACCCACCUGAAGUGACUCGUGUGAUUAAGUGUCCUUUGAAAGACUUGCAUCUUCCCAAAUAUCUCCUUUUUCCCUCAGCCAGGCAGAGGCUGUGUUGGACAGCAGUACCAAGCUUUCUGAGAUCUACGUACCCAACUGGACACACUCUGUAUAAUAUGAGCAACAACAACCACAGCAAAAGAAA